AAGGUGAACGCGAACAGACUUUAGUAGAGUGAGAGGCUCAUUCAAUGGAAACCUCGUGUUUCUCUACAAGAGGUUUAGUUGGUGCUCUGUUGCUUGCAUUAUCUUCUGUGGCUCAAGAGAUUUCCCAUUCUCCUGAGAGCACAACCAUCUUUCUAAACCAAUCAGCAGUUUUUACAUGUAUGACAAGAGGUGGUGUCACUCUGUGGAGAGUCAAUGGAACACAGCGAGAGCUCCUUUUGCCUAUACUUCGUGAUCUGGUUGUCUCAGAGACUACGUCUGAAGGUGUUGUGAUGCAGACUCUGACCAUUCCAGCCAGAGCCCAGUACAAUGGAACUAGAGUUCAGUGUGUCUCAGCUAUAGUUGGUGUCUCCUUAGUGGAGAGUGACAACGUUACAUUGACCAUUCAAGGUCAACUGUCCGCAGUAGCUGGUCUAAGUGCCGUCAGCAAUGCCAACUCAGUGAUCAUCUCAUGGAGUGCUCCAUUCUCUCUGGAUGUGACUGGGGUUGAUCCUGAUAUCUGGUACUCUGUCCUCAUCUACAAUGUGACAGAUGAGAACAACCCAACAGCCAUCCUCUGUACUGACUGUAUCAAUAUCACUGAGACACACUACACCUUCACUCCUGACUACCUCAGUCCUUGUCAUGUGUACAACCUCUCUGUCAUCCCCCUCAAUGGAGCUGGCCAGGGAGAGAGCAGUCCCAGCAUUACUAUCACCAUUGGAAAGCCUACUUUCAUCAGAACGCACAUCAAAGCUCUUUGUGAUGAUGAUGUUGCAGUUACUUAUGAACACAGAGAGAUGGUAGAUGAAUACAUUCUUCAUGGAGUGUCUGAUAUGGACCUACAAAAUAUCUCUUUGUCCUCCAACCAUCGAGUUUCAACAUACACACUCUCUGCAAACAAAAACUUUAACAUAUUCUUUGAAGUGUUCACAGCUGCUGGACCUGUGAAUGUAUCUCAUGUUACCUUCACAACCUAUGAUGUCCAGAGUCUGUCAGUGGAAGAGGAAGAAGGAGGAGUGUUAGUGAGAGGGGAGUUCAUGAGUGGGUCACGAGCUACAGGAUGUCUGGUGGUCCUCCAGGGACCUCCCUCCUGUCCUGACAUAUUCAGAGCUCUCCCGAGGAGCCAGUCUCAGGACACUGUCUCCACCACUGUACCUGUCCCUCCCUCCACUUACACUGUGUAUGGAUAUGACCUUGAGGAGAAUGGACUGCCCAACACCAUGCCUGCUAUCCUUCUAGAGAACCAGAUAUUGAUAAACUCAGAUGCUGACAAAGUUAAACCUUCCUUCUAUUUGAAGAGUGCCAGCAUAUCCCAAAGAGGAUCAACUGUAGUGAUAGACUGUGAAUUCUCAGAGGUCUAUCCCGAGGCCUCAUGUGUCCUGGUGUACAGAGAGUAUGGCAGUCCUCUCCUGACAGUGGUGGACAUCCCCCAACUCUUUGAUUUCCCUGUCUCUAUCACUGUGGACAGCCCUGAGAACUAUACCGUUGCACUGUUUGGGAAGAAUGGUGCAACUGGUUUGGAUGAAGAGCCACUGGUGUAUACUAAAUUCAGUGGCUCAGCUACAGAUGAAACAGACAGAGGGAAAGAAGAAGGAAAUCACAACUCACAAGGACCAGUUGUUGCCAUAUCCAUUGGCACAGUAUUGGUGUGUGUUCUAGUAUGUGGCUCAGCAGUGGUAGUCCUGGUGAUGGUCAGACGGUAUCAUAACCACAGCAAGUCCACACAUGCGCUUGAUGCAGGUAAAUGAUGUUUGUGUUGUGAAUGCAUCAACCAAGAAAAUCUACAUGCCAAACCUACUUCAGUGCUUUUCAUUGGUAAAGGUUCUUACUUCCUAGUUGUGUGUGUGUCUCUUGCAGCAGGUCUCCAGACCAGAAAUGUGGUGUAUGAUGAAGUAGCUCUCUCCCCAACCACCACCCCAUCCUCUGUCAUUCCAACUGAACCCAACACAGCCUAUGUCACCACCACAAUACCAACUGACCAGAAUGUGGCUUAUGCUGUGCAUUCAUUGUCAUAAUGUGUGUUAUUUCCAUGUGUGUUUUGGUAUCCCUAACAUCAUUAGAUUUAUACAUGUAUUGAGAAGGGAAUUUAUAGCCCUGAGUAAGCAGUUUAUAAUGAACCGUGUCAUGUAGUAUGUAUUCAUUGCAUUGUUGCUGACACUGUGCACAUAGCUACUACACUGGGUUAUAAUUUUUAUAUAAUAUAGAUGGCCCACAGUUUUCACACACUGUAGUGCGAUAAUAUAGUUAAAAUGCGCAUGCUGCAAUCA